UGUUUGUAUAUUUUUUAAUAAAUAAUUUUGGAGUAUUAAACAUUUUUUUGUUUUUAUCUCAAAAAAGUGUGUUAUGUCGAUAUUUAUCGCAGCAGAAGCCCUACCUCCCCAACCCACGCCAGCACUCCCACCCCAACCGCCAGCCCCACAACCACAACCGGCUCCUCAUCAACCAAGGCAACGGAGGCGUGCUAGGCCACCAAUUUUCAGAACCCGUGUCCUACUUUUUGGGAUGCCAGAUGAUGUGGUGGUGCGUAGAUACAGGCUGCCACCACAUCUAAUCCUAGACACUCUCUCCAUAAUAGAGAGUGAUCUGGAGUCUGAAAUUCGGUAUCCUACAGCAAUACCACCAUUGACACAAUUCCUUGCUGUGUUACAUUUUUUGGCUACAGCCUCAUAUCAACAUGUUGUGGGAGACCUGGUUGGCAUGUCGCAGGGCCAGUUCAGUAAGGUCCUGCGGCGUGUCUGCCAGGCUUUCCUAAAGCGGGUGAAGCAAUUCAUUGAUAUGCCUUUGGAUGUUGGUGCCCUAGAUGUGGUGAAGCGGCAAUUUGAGGAAGGUGGUAGUCGCUUCCCACAUGUUAUUGGGGUUGUGGAUGGCACACAUGUUGCUAUUCAGCCACCAAGACAUAAUGAAGAAAUUUAUAGAAACAGGAAACUGUUUCAUUCUCUGAAUGUAAUGGUUGUUUGUGGGCCAUCCCUCCAGAUCCUUUCCCUGAAUGCCAAGUUUACUGGAAGUUCACAUGAUGCAUAUGUCAUUAGACAAUCAGGGAUAUGGCAGAGAUUAAGAGCAAGUCAACGAGCAGACAUGUGGUUAUUGGGAGACCGUGGAUAUCCUUGCACCCCCUGGCUCAUGACUCCUUACCGUAAUCCCAGGCCAGGACCACAGAUGGCAUUUAACUCCGCGCUUACUGCCACUAGGCAGCUGGUGGAGCGCACAAUUGGUGUCCUUAAAGGGCGGUUUCGUGUGCUCCACCGCACUGGUGGCGACAUCAUGUAUUCGCCGGAGAUGGCAAGUAAAAUAGUGGUCCUGUGCGCAAUACUACAUAAUAUCGCGGUAAGGAGUAGUGUAGAGCUUCCUCAGGCAGAGGAAUUGCCUGAUGAGGAGCCAGGGGUUGUUCGACACUUCGGUGGUGGGAGUGUUACACGGAGGGGGAGCCAAGUGAGGGCAAGGAUUGUUGCCGAAUAUUUCAGCUGAAUGAUCACACAAACUGUGGACAACAACAACGGCAGACCUCUCCGCCCCCUUCCCCUUCCCAGUCCCCCUCCCCUUCUCACUCCCCCUCCCCUUCCCAGUCCCCCUCAUCUUCCCAGUCCCCCUCAUCUUCCCAGUCCCCCUCAUCUUCCCAGUCCCCCUCAGCUUCCCUGGCCCACACCACUUUACACUCCCCUUCUCACCACACCUCUCCAUCUCUUUCUGGGACCCCUUCUCCUCCUUCCCAUACCCCUUCUCCUUCAACUUCUAAAUCACCAUCUCUGCCCCCCUCACCCUCUAUUGGCUUAACUUUCUCUCCGCCCCCCUCGCCCUCUCAAUCAGACCCCCCCUCUGAAAUUCCAGCACCAAUCCAGCCUCCUUCCCCCAUCCAGCCUCCUUCCCCAAUCCCUCCUCCUUCCCCAAUCCCUCCUCCUUCCCCAAUCCCUCCUCCUUCCCCCAUCCAGCCGCCUUCCCCCAUCCAGCCGCCUUCACCCAUCCAGCCAACAUCCCCACCCAGUGAAUGGGCAGAGGAAGCCCCUGAAGCCAGUUCAGGGAGUGUUCAUGUUGCCGUGGAAAAUGUUGCCGUUGGAGAUCCCACAUCGUUGCGGGAGAUUGUGGGAAACAUGAGGCGACAUCUCCAGGCCUUGCUGGGUCUGCUAGAUGA